AUGGCGAUACGAGUGGUAAGGGGUUAUCGUACCGUCUCGAAAGACGCCGCAUGCGCAUUAGCAGGAAGUGUGCCUUGGGACUUAGAAGCCUUAGCCUUGGCUGAAGUCUACUGGCGCUGCCAAUCUAUACGGGAUGAGGGGAAUAUCCCACCGUUUGAUCUCAUACAGCGGUGGCGAAACUCGGCAAAUGAUAAAGCAGUCGAUCUGUGGUCGGAGCGGCUCGAACAACCGCGAGUCAGCAUUGAUAUACUAUCAGCUCUACGUCCUGUUCUAAAAGAAUGGGUGCGUAGGAAGUUUGGUGCUUUGACGUUCCGCCUCACACAGGUAUUGACUGGACAUGGUUGUUUCGGUCGGUACCUGUGUGAGAUAGUUAAACGGGAAGAGACAACAGCCUGUCACCACUGUAUUGAGACAUGUGACACGGCCCAACACACGAUUUCGACGUGCCCUGCAUGGGACAACCAUCGAACGAACAUGACAAAUAUUACCGGACAAGACACAACGCUCUCAGCAUUAAUACGUGCAAUGCUGGAGAGCCAAGAUAAAUGGCGGGCGGUGGAGAACUUUGCGGAAGCAGUUAUCUCCGCCAAGGAAGAGGCCGAGCGCGUGAGAGAAAGGGCGGCGCGUCUUGGUUCACUUCGCUCGAGAAGGCCUAGGCGAAGACGGGCGAUCAACCAUGAUGACCGCUAUGUUCCGCCUUAG